AUGGAGGGCGUGAGCAAACUGCUGGUGGGGAACAAGUCGGACUUGACGGCCAAAAAGGUCGUCAGCUUCGAAGAGGGAAAAGAACUCGCGGACUCCUGCAACAUUCGCUUCAUCGAGACUUCGGCCAAAAGCGCGCAAAACGUCGAAGAGGCUUUCCACAUAAUGGCGUCGGAGAUUAAGGCCCGCGUGCAGGUGGGGCAGCAGCAAAGUCGGCAGCAGCAAAAUGUCCGCAUAGGCCCCUCGCAGCCAGUGCGGGGGGCUGGGGGCUGCUGCAGCCGCAGCUAA